CAAAAAGUGUUGUAACUAUUGUUUCCAAACUGCGUUACCCACUCCAGCCAGCAGAUGGCGAUGAGCGUCUUUCAGGUGAUGAUUCUUGCGUGACGUAUAAUGGACUGGACGGACGCUUCUUCAGGAACAACAAGGCGCCAACUCUUUCAACCACGUCGGUAGCUUGCUAGCCAACAUAAAAGUGAAAGAUUGACGCUUUAGACCAUCUUAAUGUACAUUAUCUAAUCUCAGUGUUUUAAACACAGUUCUGUUGACGUAUUAACUGGUUAACUGUAACCUAAUUUGCAAACUUGUUAAAGAUUUAUGCUGAGCCGAGCACUAGGCUAGUCGCUAAUGCUAACUAGCUAGCUAACAUCCCUGACCAUGAGUUCAUUAAAGUACUCAUCCCCUGCUAUAGAAGAGGAGGUCUGCUGUUUGGAGAAAGAAGUUCUGGCGCUGAACAUUGAAGAAGAGGAUGAGGUUACAGUGAAAGAAGAGAAAGAACCUUUUAGAAUGAAAAAGGAGGAAGACGAGACUGUUAUAGUGAAGGAAGAAGAUGCUGUUAUAGUGAAAGAACAUUUCAGAAUGAAAAAGGAGGAAGAUGAGACUGUUAUAGUGAAGGAAGAAGAUGCUGUUAUAGUGAAAGAACAUUUCAGAAUGAAAAAGGAGGAAGAGGAGGCUGUUAUAGUGAUAGAAGAGAAAGAACCGUUUAGAGAGGAAGAGGAUGCUAUCUCAAUAAAGGUGAAGGAGGAAGACGUUUUUGGAGUGAAAGAGGAAGAGACAGAAUAUCAGAUUAACACCAGAGAGAGACAUGACUAUGGUGGAUCCUCUGGGGAGCCUCAACAACAUCCUGAUGCUGACGAGGAAGAGAAGAGUCUCUCCAGAUCAGAACACCAGAUGGUACAGCUUGGUCUGGCCUAG